AUGCGACUCUCGAGUCUCACAUUUUUCACCACUACAGUACCAAUCAAAAUCAUGUCUGACUUCUGGAUCGACUACUUGGACAAUCCUACGUUGUCAGUGCUCCCACAUGAUUUCCUCAAGCCCGUCAAUAACUCGUCGGUUGAAGCCAACUAUCAAGUAAAUCUUGCCUCCAAUUUUUCCUUCACCGCUGGUCUUGCAACAUUCGCUGCACUUAUCUACAGAUUAACAGGAGAUGAAGAUGUGGUAAUUGCGACAGAUACGGAGGAUGGCAAGCCGCUUAUUGUGAGAUUGGCCAUUGCUGAGUCCACUACUUUCAAAGAAUUGCGUGCCAAAGUUGAACAUGAGAUCAAGACUGCAACCAGCCAUAUCAACUACCAAACGUUAGACGAAGUCGCCCGUCGUAUCAAGGCAUCCAAGGGAUUGGACGAUGAGCCAGGAUUGUUCAAAUUGAGUUUCCAGCACUCAAAGCCAUUGCAACAACUUUCAAACUUGGCCGUGGGUUCGACGGUAGAUGUGGCCGUGUUCAUGUCCGAGACCAACAAGACACUAGAGUUCUUUUACAACUCGCUUCUCUACAAGAAUGAACGUAUAAGUAUCAUGGCUGAGCAGUUCAAUGCUUUUGCUUCAGGUGUUAGUGAUAAUGCUGAGGUUGAAAUUGCCAAAGUAAGCCUCAUCACGAAAAGUCAAAUCGACCAACUUCCAGAUCCUACCACCGAUUUGGACUGGUCCGGUUUCCGUGGUGCUAUCCAGGACAUAUUCAUGGAGAACGCAGCUCGUCAUCCUUCCAAAACAUGUGUGGUUGAAACAAAGUCUUUCUUAGAUCCCGCCUCAAAGACUCGUACUUUCACCUACAAACAAAUCAACGAAACUUCAAAUUUGGUGGGUAACUAUUUAAAGGAAACUGGAAUCAAGAAAGGUGAUAUUGUUAUGAUCUACGCUCAUAGAGGUGUGGAUCUUAUGAUCGCAGUGAUGGGUGUACUUAAAGCCGGUGCUACUUUCUCCGUUAUCGACAUUGCAUACCCUCCAGCUCGUCAGAACAUAUACUUGUCAGUGGCUCGUCCUCAAGGUCUUAUCGUGUUGGAGAAAGCGGGUGUUUUGGAUGACUUGGUUAAGAAUUACAUCAAGGACGAAUUGGAGGUUAUAACCACCAUUCCGCAAAUGCGAGUCAACGACGAUGGUUCGUUGCAAGGUGGAAAGUUGGAAGGGCAAACAAGAGACUGUCUUGAAGAUUAUCAGAGUCUUGCUUCGUCACCUACUGGAGUCAAGGUUGGUCCCGACUCAAAUCCAACGCUAUCAUUCACUUCAGGAUCCGAAGGAAUUCCAAAGGGUGUUUUAGGUCGUCACUACUCUUUGGCCUAUUAUUUCCCAUGGAUGAGCGAAAAGUUCAACUUGUCGGCAGAUGAUAAGUUUACCAUGCUUUCGGGAAUUGCUCAUGAUCCAAUUCAGAGAGAUAUGUUCACCCCAUUGUUCUUGGGUGCCCAGUUGAUAAUUCCCACAGCUGAUGAUAUAGGAACUCCUGGAAAGUUGGCUGAAUGGAUCGCAGAGUAUGGUGCGACCGUGACCCAUUUGACCCCGGCUAUGGGUCAAUUGUUGAGUGCUGAGGCAACCACACCAAUUCCAUCCUUGCAUCAUGCCUUCUUCGUCGGAGAUAUUCUCACCAAACGAGAUUGUUUAAGGUUACAAAGUCUCGCUGAAAAUGUUACUAUUGUGAAUAUGUAUGGUACCACCGAGACUCAAAGGGCUGUUUCUUAUUUCGAGAUCAAGAGCAGAAGCGAAGAUCCAGUGUUCCUCAAGACAUUGAAAGAUGUUAUGCCAGCCGGUAGAGGAAUGAAAAACGUCCAGCUUUUGGUGGUGAACAGGAAGGACAGAACUCAAACUUGUGGUGUUGGAGAAGUGGGCGAAAUUUAUGUUCGUGCUGCUGGACUUGCCGAGGGUUACAGAGGACUCCCAGAUUUGAACAAGGAGAAAUUUGUAACCAAUUGGUACGUUGAUCCUAACGUGUGGGUUGAACUCGAUAAAGCAAAUGCUAAACUGUCUGAGACAUGGAGACAAGAAGGCUGGUUCGGGCCCAGAGACAGAUUGUACAGAACUGGAGAUUUGGGCCGGUAUACUCCCUCAGGAGAUGUCGAGUGUUGUGGACGUGCUGAUGAUCAGGUGAAAAUCAGAGGAUUCAGAAUAGAACUUGGUGAAAUCGACACUCAUUUGUCCCAGCAUCCAUUAGUCAGAGAAAAUGUGACUUUGGUUAGAAGAGACAAAAAUGAAGAGCCAACCCUUAUCUCCUAUAUUGUUCCAAAGGAUACUCCUGAUUUGAAGAACUUUAAAGCUGAGGUGGGUGAGUUGGAGAAGCCUGAUCCUGUCGUUGAAGGUCUUGCCAUUUACGCCGAGCUCAUCAAGGACAUUAAAGCCCACUUGAAAAAGAGAUUGGCAUCGUAUGCUGUUCCCACUUUUGUGGUGCCUUUAGCCAAAUUACCUCUUAAUCCUAAUGGAAAAGUCGACAAGCCAAGGUUACCCUUCCCAGAUACUGCGCAAUUGGCUGCCGCCUCAAAGUUGAACAAAUCCACCGAAACAGAAAAGGAAGACCUCAAUGAAUUUGAAAAAACUAUUCAUGAUUUGUGGGUGGAAGUGUUACCAACACAUCCCGCAACCAUUUCCAAGAGUGAGUCUUUCUUUGACUUGGGAGGCCAUUCGAUUCUCGCAACCAGAAUGAUUUUUGAGUUGCGGAAGAGAUUGCAUGUCGAUGUGCCCUUGGGUGUUAUCUUCAGCAAUCCAACCAUCGAGCUGUUUUCAAAGGAAAUUAACAAGUUUAUCAAGGGUAACGACUUCCAGCUUGCGGACGGAGAAAAUAAUGUUGAGGAUGCCUCCUCUGAAAAGGUGGACUAUGCCUCCGACGCAAAAGAAUUGGUGAAGACUCAGCUUCUUUCGUCUUAUAAGUCAGCGCCUCCUCUUGACUUCUCCAAGCAAAUUAAUGUGUUCCUUACUGGAGCUACUGGUUUCUUAGGAUCGUUUAUCCUUCGUGAUUUGCUCGUUAGUCGUCCAGAUUGCAACUUCAAAGUGUAUGCUCAUGUACGUGCUGCUAGUAAGGAAGCUGGCUUAAAGCGUUUGAGAGAUGCGGGAAAGACUUAUGGCAUCUGGGACGAGUCUUGGUCCGCAAAGAUUGAGGUCGUUUUGGGAGAUUUGAGCAAACCCAAAUUUGGAUGGGGUGAAACAGAAUACAAGGAAUUUGCCGAUUUGGUGGAUGUCAUUGUUCACAACGGUGCACUUGUUCACUGGGUGUAUCCAUACUCCAAGUUGAGAGAUGCUAACGUCAUUUCCACUAUUGAAAUAAUGAAUUUGUGUGGAGUUGGAAAGCCCAAGCAAUUUUCGUUCGUGUCUUCGACAUCUGCAUUGGACACUGAGCAUUACUUCCGUUUGUCGGAUGAACUCACCAGUAAGGGACUUCCUGGAGUACCUGAGUCAGAUGACUUGAGUGGUAGUGCUGAGGGUCUUGGAACUGGUUAUGGUCAGUCCAAGUGGUCGGCAGAAUACAUAGUUCGUGCUGCUGGAGACCGUGGGUUAAGAGGGUGUAUUACUCGUCCAGGAUACGUUGGAGGGUUUUCUCAGACUGGAGCUUCCAACACCGACGAUUUCCUCUUGAGAAUGCUCAAGGGUUGUGCUGAGUUGGAAUCAUACCCUGAUAUCUCGAACACCGUCAACUGGGUUCCAGUCGAUCAUGUCGCCAGUGUUGUCACCGCUACGGCAUUGCACCCACCAGCACAGGACAUUUUGCCCGUUGCUCAAGUCACGGGCCACCCCAGAAUCCGUAUGAAUGAGUUUAUCAGCGUACUUAAGAAGUAUGGCUUUAAACUUCAAUUGGAUGAUUAUCCAUCUUGGAAGGUAUCAUUGGAGAGAUAUGUCGUUGAAAAAUCCGACUCGGCAUUGUUCCCAUUGCUUCACUUUGUGCUCGAUAACUUGCCCCAAAACACAAAAGCACCCGAAUUAGACGAUGCCAUGGCAGUGAAGUCGUUGAAGGCAGACCACAAGUAUACUGGUGUAGACCGGUCUCAAGGUGCAGGAGUUGAUGUUGCCCAGAUGGGUAUCUAUAUCAGCUAUCUUGUGAAAACUGGGUUCUUGUUCAGCCCACCUUCUGGCGGAGACAAAUUGCCAGACAUAGAAUUGAGCCAGGAAACACUCGAUCUCAUUGCAUCUGGAGCUGGUGGAAGAGGCUCUGCUGCUGCAAAAUAG